AUGCCUCCGAUGCCGUGCGGUGAGGCGCCCCUGUGGGGCGAGCGCCCCCGCUCUAAGGCGCAGCGCCGCGCCAGACGCCGCUUGCUGCUCGCGGUGAGCCGUCAGGCGGCGCUGGACUUCUCCCUCUUCGGUUACCCGUACGACUGCGGCUACCAGUGCGACGGCGGCUACGUCUGCGACUACGAUGCUAUCGCGCCCCAGUCGGCGGAGGAGGCCGUCCUCGAGGGCCUGGGCGUCGACGCGGGGGGACGGGAGGGAGCUGUUCCUGAAGGCGCUGCACCUCGCGGAGUUGUUCCUGCUGUUCCUGUUGAGGGCUCUCUUCCUGAAGGCGAUGUUCCUGCUGAUGGCCUUCUUCCUGAAGGCGCUGUACCUCGUGGAGAUGCCUUCCGUGCGGGUGACGACGCCGAUCUCUGUGAUGCUGUGGAUGGGUGUGUUCGUGCCGGGUCUGCGGCAGCUCGUGCCGACCCACCUCUUCCUCCUGGUGUUCGUGCUGCUGCUGGUGCGGGUCCGCCUGAAGGCGCGGAGCUUCCUGGAGACGGUCCUCGCGCUGGUGCCGCUGUUGUUCCUCGUGCUUCUGCUGACGGAUGUGUUCGUGUCCCUGGACCCGUUCUCGGCCACGGGGUUCCUGGUCUCGCGGCGCCUGCCUCCGAGGCCACCACGUUCGCGACGGCGCCUCUCUCGGAGGUGUCGCUGGGCGCGUCGGAGUCUGGAGACGGGCCUGGUGCCUGGUCCGAGGGGCCUGGCGAGGCGGUCUCGCCCAGGACGGCGGACAUGGCGGACUUUGCGUAUCCGAGGGAGCUGGGGGGGCUGGCGCGGGCAGCUCUGCUGCGAUACGUCGACAUUGGGCUGCCGCCGUGCCCUGAUUGUGGGCAGGAGCUGGAGGCCCUUCAUCUCGAUCGGGCUACGCGCAAUUGGCUCCGAAUGCGCACGGACAUCGAGUGCUGGUACUGCGGGGACGUGUGCGUCCACGCGGCUUUCUGCCACGCCUGCGGCUUGCUGCGCUGCGACGCGUGCUCGUUCCACCUGGAGGUCGACGAGGAGGAGAAGCUUAUGCUCGAGGACCCCGACCUCGCGCGCGACCAUGUCGACCACGUCCUCAAUGGGCAGCGCAGGGACGAGGGCGCGCCCAUCGUGGACGGCAGGUUCUUCGUGGGCCACGAGGUGGGGAUACACGGCUUGAUCAAGCGGCCCGAGCUCAACGGUCGGCGGGGUCAGGCGGCGCCAGCGCUACACAUCUGCAACCUGAAGCUAGCGAGCGUCGUGGGCGGUGGGCGCCGACGUGGCUGCUGCAUCCGACGACGUCGGAUUCGCCGGGCGCGGCGGGCCGGCCUCCUGCGGGCGGCCGGGGCUCGCGCCAGCGGUCGCAGGCCCGAGCGGCGCUCCGCCGCCAUCUGUGCCUCUGCCGGGGCGCUCGCUCGGCGGCGGCGCGGGGGCGGCGGCGGGCGGCGCUACAGCGGCGCCUUCGACUGGCGCCCAUGCUGUUCAAAUAAAAAUUGA